GUGCCUUAUUCUGAUUUUUGAGAGCGGGAAUGGUCUGGUCAAGUGAAGUUAAAUGCGUCUCCUGUAUUCUUUUCUUAUAACACACGGUAGUUUUGUUCUGACAAAUGUUAUCGACAUAACUACGGCAUUUGGUUAGCAUUUGUUACUACGAAGCCGUCAUAUCAAGUCAUGGUGGACUGCUAAACUCUUGCUAAGUGCUACAACAGCAAGGAAACCACUUAGCUUGCCAAGCAAAAACAUCCGCGGCCUCAGAAGUUCUUGGUGAAGCAGUGAGCGAAAAACAUGGCUGCAUCCUCCGUAGAGUAUACAAUCGGAGGGGUGAAGAUCCACUUUCCCUGCAAGGCUUACCCAUCCCAGCUAGCCAUGAUGAAUUCAAUUGUGCGAGGACUGAAAUAUGGGCAGCACUGCCUGCUGGAGAGUCCCACAGGAAGUGGAAAGAGCUUGGCCUUGCUCUGCUCAGCUCUAGGAUGGCAACGGGCUCAGUUUGUUAAACUACAUGGAGGAGGAAACUCGGUGGACGACAAGAGCCAGUCAGAUAAAAGCAGUGGAGACUUUAAGAAGUCAGAUGCCAGCACUCCUUGUCAGUGUGUGUGUCACAGCUCAGCCAGCGCAGCUUCAGCCUCGGUCCAAACAGAUGUUGUGGAUCUCACUGUGUCACCCUGCAAAGGGGCAGUGCGAGCUCCGCCCCCAGCCGCUGGACAUGUGUCACCACCAGAGGAGCCACAACCUAAGAAACAAACGAUCGCCUCUCGUCUGUCUGAAAAGUUCCGCUCUUCUCCCCUCACUGACAGUGAGAAAGAUGAUGACUUCCAGCCAGACAGGAAACGCAUUCGCACUGCUGAACCCAAGGGCCACAAAAGGCAGCAUCUGGAAAAGGGGGUAAUAUUCAUAGAUGAUGAACCAGAGUGUGAAAAUCAGCCUUCAGCUAAUCAGAGUUGGAUCACGCAGCCAAACAGCCCAGCAGCCAGUCUGCCGUCAUCAUGCUGUUUCAGUGAACCGUGCACUCGGUGUCCAUGUGCUUUUGCCAAAGACACUGUGAAGGACAAGGAGAAAGACAGCAAAAAGAAGAUCCCCAAGAUAUUUUUUGGGACUCGUACACAUAAACAGAUCACUCAAAUCGCCCGCGAGCUCAAGCGCACUGUUUACUCUGGUGUGCCCAUGACUAUCUUAUCCAGCAGAGAUCACACCUGUAUCAACCCAGAAGUGGCACCUCAUGCCAACCGCAACGAGCGCUGCAAGGACCUGCUUGAGGCCAAAGACGGGCGGUCAUGUCGCUACUACCAUGGCAUCCAAAGGAUCCGAGAAAAGGGAGCACUUCACAAGGUUCUGGGGCUCCAUCAGGCCUGGGACAUCGAAGACCUGGCUUCACUGGGCAAAAAGUUUCGCGUGUGUUCGUACUUUGCUGCCCGUGAACUUAUGGAGUCCUCUAACAUCAUCUUUUGUCCAUAUAACUACCUGUUGGACCCAAUGAUCAGAGAAAGCAUGGAGAUUAAUCUGGCAGGCCAGAUCUUGGUGCUAGAUGAGGCGCACAACAUCGAGGACUGUGCAAGAGAGAGUGCCAGCUACACAUUAACCCAGCAGAGUCUGCUGAUGUGCCGGGAUGAGCUGGAGGGAAUGAUCAGAAAUAACAUCAGAACGUCUGGUCAUGAACCGCUCAGGGGCUUGUGCUACAGCUUGAUCAAUUGGAUUCAGGAGAGCCAAAGCCUGAUGUCUGAUCGUGGAUAUGAGAGCGCCUCUAAAGUGUGGACAGGGAAGGAUGUGCUGGGCAUCUUCUAUAGUCUGGGCAUCACUGCUGACACCUUUCGAAUAUUGAAGCAACAUUUGGCAGCAGUUCUGGAGAAGGAGGAGCGUGUUGGUGUUGUUAAUGGUAAAGAAGACUGGGUUCAGCUCCCAACCAUCAGCUCAUCUUCAUCCACUGUCCUCAAAAACCUCUUCAUGGUGCUGGACUUUCUCUUCAGGGACAGCUCCAGGUUUGCUGAUGACUACAGAGUGGCUUUGCAGAAGACUUAUGCGUGGACCACUCAGCUGCCGCCUGACAUCCCAGAUGCCAAUGGUUUCUUCGUGCGACCACGCCACCGACAACGGCAGAGCAACCGGGUCAAGACUGAAGUCCUGACACUGAGCUUCUGGUGCCUCAACCCUGCUGUGGCCUUCUCUGACCUGAGUGGGGUAGUACACAGCAUUGUGCUAACCUCAGGAACCCUAUCACCAAUGGGCUCCUUCUCCUCUGAACUUGGGGUUAAAUUCACCAUCCAGCUGGAGGCCAAUCAUGUUAUCAACAAGUCUCAGGUGUGGGUUGGUACUAUUGGUGCAGGUCCCCAAGGCAGGAAACUCUGUGCCACCUUCCAACAUACUGAAACAUAUGCCUUCCAGGAUGAAGUAGGAGCCCUGUUGCUACACAUCUGCCAAGUUAUGUCCAAGGGUGUGCUCUGCUUUUUACCUUCCUACAAGAUGCUGGACAAACUCCGAGAUCGAUGGAUCAACACCGGACUCUGGGAGAAGCUAGAACAACACAAAACUGUAAUUGCAGAGCCCCGUGGCGGGGGAAAAGGGGACUUUGAUGAACUGCUCAGGAUGUACUACGAUGCCAUCAAAUACUGUGAAGAAAGAGAUGGUGCUCUGCUGAUCGCGGUCUGUCGGGGUAAAGUAAGUGAAGGGCUGGACUUCACUGAUGAUAAUGCCAGGGCAGUGGUCACUAUUGGAAUCCCCUUCCCAAACAUCAAAGACCUCCAAGUGGAGCUGAAGAUGAAGUACAAUGACCAGCACUGCAAGACUAGAGGUUUGCUUCCAGGCAGUCGCUGGUAUGAGAUUCAGGCUUAUAGAGCUUUGAAUCAGGCCCUGGGAAGGUGUAUCCGCCACAGAAAUGACUGGGGUGCCCUGAUUCUAGUGGAUGACCGUUACAGGAAUAAUCCAAAUAAGUAUAUCACAGGUCUAUCCAAAUGGGUCCGCCAGCUCGUCCGGCAUCACGACAGCUUCAGUAAUGCCAUGCAGUCUUUAGUAGCAUUCUCUCAGCUGCAGCAGAAGGUGGGGGCGGCCGCUGCAGACAGCCCACCCCUCAGCUCUACCGUCUCAUUCCCAACCUGUCACAUGCCCACAACUGUAGCAGGACCAGAUCUGUCGAAGGCCUCUGAACCUCAAACACCCCUAUCAGCGGUCUGCCCAGUUGAACCCCAGCAGGACACGUGUCCCCCGACCUUUGUUUCUGAUAAACAGUUAAAGGCAGAAACAGAUGGUAAUGCAGGUUGUUUGAAGAUGAUGUGCAAUCCAUCAGCGGAGCCCAUCUACAAUCCAAAAAGAACAGCUCAGCCCCUCUACCCCAUUUUCACUUCAAGUCCCAUCAGCACCUGCUUCAAGAAGCCAAUCUUUAAGGAAAAAGGGUCGAGUGAUUCCAACAUGCAUUUAGAGAGAGCUUGUUUCUCUGAGUCCUUUUUGAAACAGGACACUUCUUUACCCCAGAAAAACCAGGGAAUGGAAAAACCACCCGCUGAAAAUGGGUUCAGUGAAACAAAACCAGAAACUCAUAGUGUGGGUCCAGAGCCUCCUACAAGAAGAUCCCCUUCCACUUGUGAAAGUGAACCACUCUCAUUGGAUGAUGGGAAUGACGAAGAUGAGGACCAGACUGUGUUUUUCACUCCAGAACUAUUUGAGGGUGAUGAAGGAGAAGAAGGAAGCCCACAGAAAGAGAGUGAGGCCAAGACACCUCCGAGAAUUGUUGUGGAGUCACACAGCCAGGUCCUGCUGUCAGAAGAACUUUCUGGCUCUGAGCAGGCCCAAGGGCAAGGGCGAGCCCCUGCCUCUGAUGGACAGAGUGCUUUUUUAGUCAGUAGGGACGGCACAGAGCUGUCACAGGAAAAGACAGAAGAAAAAGUCAGGCCAGAGCAGGAAGAGCAGAUGGAAAACCAGAACAGGCAGACAGGCAAUAGGCUUCGCAGGCUGUCCAGGUCCAGACAUAAAGCUCCCCCCACUCCAGCAGGUAACCAACAACCUGGGUCACACAAUGUGUUGUAAACAAAGCUAAAUGUUAUACGUUUCAUGAACGUUAUGGUGACAAUCAGAAACAGGCGGUGGAUCAUUCCUGAAACAGUUGAAUGUUCCAGUUUUAUAUCUGAGUCUUUCAUGUUUGAUGGUAUCCGUGGUUGUCCAAUGAAGCUGAUAUACGAGCUUUUCUUUUGGCCACUCAUGUCUAUGGCAGCCUUGCAAAUUGUUGGUUAGUUGGUUUGAGCUGACUGUAAACAGGCAGGAGGCUGUGUGUUUCCCACUGCCAUAAAAUCCCCAAUCUCAGGUGAAUUAUUCUAAGUGUGUUGUGUACAGUUGCAGAAAAAAUUAUUAGACCAUCAAAAGUCAUCAAAAACAACGGUUAUGCAAUCCAGUACUAACGCCUGUGUUUUUCAUUGGACUAAAACAAGCAAAAGAAAGCAUGGAAUGCCUAAAAGCACUGUUUUUGGCAGUACAGUGCCAUAGUUAUUGAUGUAAGAACUCAACAUGGAAAAUGGCGAGAUAUCAGCUCUGAAAUUAAACUAAGAGCUAUUUUUGUUAUUGUAUUUGUUCUUUAAGAAAACAAGGGGCAGUCUAAUAAUUCUUUCUGUGACUGUAUAUGAUUUUGUUUACCACCUGAACCAUAUAUUCUCUUCAUAUUUGACUAAAAUAAUUAAUUAAUGUAGCAGUGUGCAACAUUUUGUGACAUGUAAGGGUGGAUCUUACAGCCAGUUCAGUAGCUUUCUAGAGCUGAAUUGGUUUCUGAUUUGACCAGUCCGGUCCAGUGUAGAAGCUUACGUUUUUUGAUUUGAUGCUGCUUAAGUCUCUGCAGCACUGAAGGUGGUGCUGUUUCACCAGCGGUAGUACUUCUUCAUUAUCUUAUUUAAUUUGUAUGAGCAGUUGGCAUUACUGCCGCCAGGUGGGCUGGAGCUGCAACACACCCAGUCAUGGGCUUUGGUAGUCUUCAUUUCUUCUUUUUGAUUCCUUCAACCACCUUCGUAUAAAGGUGAGAUAUUCUCAUUACUGUCCAAGUCGUUGAUAAUGUUUAAAUGUACUUUCUCAUUCGUUUCUCCGUCCAGUGAGAAAUUGGGGGCUUUUCUUUUGGUCAUAAAUUUAUGCUGCACCUUUACAGACUGUUAGCUCCUUAGUUUGUGUACUUUGCUGAGAGCUGAUUUAAAUCAGGCAGUAGACCACAUUCUGAAUUCAGCGUAUUCUACAUGACUGAAUCAGAAAAUGCUUAGUUCAGAAAUGACCAAACUCAGAAUAUCUAAACUAAAUAUGCUGUCUAGAAUACCUGUUUCAAAUUCAGAUUAUUAUCAUAUUCAGAAUAAUACUAGAAUAUUAGUGUGUGUAUAAAUGUGGUUACUAUGACAUACGUAGUGACAUCGUGUUCUUGGCAUUUUCAACGUCAUGUUGUCUGUAUUUUACAGUUUGUCUUGUUCUGUAUUCAGCUGCCUCCGGCCACUGGCUCACACACUAUUACCAAACAUACAGAGGAUGAUGAGGCUUCAGUGAAGCCAGCUUCCAUCUCACAGAGCUGCUUCUUAUGUCAUGUGACAGUAUGUCUUAUUAAGGCCAUUAAUUUCUGUUCUCAGCAUAAACCACAUACAAACCAACAUUAGUAAAUUACAGUGCUGUUUGAAUGUAUGUUUUAACAAAUCAUUAAAACAUGAAAACAC